AUGAAGUACCACUGUGACAUGAUAGCAAUAAAAGUGAACGGUGAGGACUAUCUUAUAGUAAUUGGAGGAUAUGGACCAUCUUUUAAUAAUACACCCAAACAACCUGGUGCCCAGUACAGUGGUAGUAAGACUAAUGAGAUCAAUUUCUAUAAACUCUCAACAGUCCUUGAAGGAACUAAAGUUUCGGGCCUUUUCGUAAAGAAAUAUAUUAAUGAUUGGUCUACUAAAAGGGAAAGGGAACUACAGGAGGGGAGAAGAGAAAAGGAACAAGUUAGAAACAGACUACAGCAACAACUUCAAGGAAGAGAACGACAACUUCAACAAGCACAGCAACAAGGACAAGAAAGAGAGAGGGAAAUUCAACAGGCCAGAGAACAAGUUCAGGAUUUUCAAAGACAGCUUCAACAAAGCCAACGUCAGUUUCAAGAAAAGGAGAGACAACUUCAACAAGCACAGCAGCAGCUUCAAUCAAGAGAGAGAGAAUCUCAAGAAAGAGAGCGACAGCUUCAAAGGCAAGUAGAAGGUGGCCAGCAAAGAGAACAGGAUCUUCAACGACAGCUUCAGGAAAGUCAAGAAAGAGAGAGAGGCCUAGAGCAGCAACUAAGAGAGAGAGAUAGACAAGAUAGAGAGUCUUCCUGGGUAGUUAGCAGAAAUGAUAUUAGAAUGACAGAAAGGAUUCUAGGGAGAGGAGGAUGGGGAGAGGUCAGAGUAGCUCAUUUCCAUGGACUGGAAGUUGCUGCAAAGGUACUUCACGAGACCAUCAUAUCAGAAUAUAACGUGUCACUGUUCUCUCGCGAAAUGAAUAUUGCUUCUAAAAUACGUCAUCCUAACCUCCUUCAGUUCAUAGGAGCAACUACAGAGGGUAAUCCAAUGAUCCUGACAGAGCUAAUGCCAACGAGCCUAAGAAAGGAAUUAGAGAGUGGAGGAGUGGCCUAUCCUGCCAUACUGAGCAUCAGUUUAGAUGUAGCCUGUGGUCUCAAUUACCUUCACCUCUUCAAGCCUCAUCCUAUACUACAUAGAGAUGUCAGCAGUGCUAAUGUACUCCUUCAAAUAAUGGGAGGAACAUGGAGGGCUAAAGUAUCUGAUUAUGGAUCAGCUAAUCUUCAGCCUCUGAUUGGCAGGACCACUAAUCCUGGUAAUCCUGUCUAUUCAGCACCUGAAGCAGGGAAUCCAAGGGAACACUCUCCUUCAAUGGAUGUGUUCAGUUAUGGUGUCCUCCUUCUAGAGAUGAUAACACGACGUAUUCCUCUACCAGAAGAGAGAGUAGGUCUUAUUGAUGGUAUUAGAAGAGCCUCGUUUAGGUCUCUUGUUAAACGCUGCCUGAUAGUUGAGUAUAGACACCGUCCAACAAUGAAUGAUAUUAUAACUGAACUAAAUGACACUGUUUAUUAGUUAUUGAGAUAUUCUUAUUCUUAUUAUUAUUGUUCUUGUUGUUGCUACAAAUUUU